GGUUUGAUCCCUCAUUGGCGGUCCGUUUGAAGUUGAAAUUAGUGUGAAAUUACGAUAAACAAGCCAAUUAAUCCUCCAUAAUUACCAAUAUAUUUGUAAGUAUGGCUUCAAUACGGAAAGUACUACGAAGCGCCUGGUUGAACAAACGGUUUGAGGCAAUAGAAGGCAAGGAAAACCAAGGUUACGUUGAAACUCCACACUCGAAACGCACACGCACGACGAAAGAGGUCAAAAGUCUGUCCGAAAGACCAGCAAGCAUGCAAUUUAGACGAAACAGCACUGUUACUCAGUCGGUGAGAGACGUCGUUGGAAACUUUAGGCAGAAAUUAAAGAAGUCCACUCGUCAGAGGAAGCGUCUUCAAGAUGGACCACAUUCACCGAUGACUCCUGCAUCAAGAUUUCGAAAAUCUAAAUCAAGUAAAAGGACAUCAACCAGAAAAGGAGGUUAUCGAGAGGUGAGAAUGUUCUCUCCAUUCCAAAUAGAAACACCCAAGUCACAAACAAAAAUGGGCAUCAGAGCCAGACCCAGAUGGCACGAUGUGGAGACACCUACAAGACUGAGGAAAGAAGUGGAGGAUCUUACUGCAAACAUGCAGGCAUUGGUCAACCUCACACCAGGAACACUUCAAACAAGAGCCGCUUCUAGAAGGUCACUACAGUCUGCUUCUCCACUUACUAAUGGUUCUCUGAAGACACCAAAGUCAAAUCGUAAAGCAGUGAUAACAACAGUGAGAAGACAGGAACAGAUAACAGAAAUAUAACUGUGUUUAUGUUACACUUUGCCACUGAGAGUGUAAAGCUUUAUAUAUAUAUAAACUUCAAUGUCUGGAUAGUGAAUCUCAUGACAUCUUGGUGCUUCAGGGUAGGGAAUUCAUGACUGUUUUGGUGCUAUAUAAUCAAUUUUUUAAGUCCAGUAAAUUCAAGGGUAAUUCUAAUUAAAAGAAGUGUAUAUUCAAUUUACACUUGUACACUGAUGAACAUGUGUAUGAUUUCUCAAUGUCUAUGAUUAUAUAUUCUCAUUCUUUACCUAUUUUUCUCUUCCAGUCAGGGAUUUUCAUUUGUACCAUGUUACCGUCCAUUAUGUUUUUUGUUUUUGGUACAUUAUAUUCCGUAAUGGACAACGCAACAGUUUUUAUUGGAAUAUUCAUGUUAACUAAACAGUAAAAGCUGUUGACAGAAAAAAAGUAUCCAAAUGAGUAUCAACAUAAUAAAUGCUCAAAGCAGUUCGAUUCUAUACAUUCAUGCCUGUCUGAUAGUUUAUAGAAUUUUUACUGAGAAAAAUAAACAUAAAAUAAAAAAAUUAUUUAACAUUGUACAAAAUGUUAAAAAAGCUAAUAUUACAAGGAAUUUAGUUUAGUUGCUACAAAUUUUUCUUUAAAAGUAUGUCAUACUAUUAGAAUGAAAUGCUGUAAUAUAUAUCAAUAUAUUGCCAACUAUUGUUUAUAAUAAUAUAAUCAUUACAAUAGAUAUUUUAUGUACAUGUAUGCUAUAUGUAUAUACUGAAAUUUUAAAAUGCCUGUCUUUGCAAACAAUUCAGACAAAUAGAUAUUGCUUUUAAAACUGUGCACAAUAAUAGCCGGUAACCAGCCAGAACUCAAGCCUUUGGUUGGCAGUAUGUGAGCACAUUAUUUAAACUUGACCAAUCAUGUAGUAGUAUUCUGAGAUUGAUCUCAGCUUUUGGCUUUUAUUAUGCUAGACCAUCUUAUCUGAUCACGAUUUCUAUUACAGUGGAGUUAAGGAAUUUUUGAAAGUUGAACAGAGUGUAGAGCUGCAAGUAAUUUUGGCAGAAAUGAAAUUAAUAACGGUACUAAGUUCCUUUCUGAACAUAAUUUUUUUCACAAAAUCACCAUUUUGAGGGCCAUUUCUUGCUUUAAAUCAGAUUACUUUUUCUUUCCUUGUAAAUUAUUUGGCUCCAGUUUUAUCAAGGAAGGUAGCUAAUUUUGAAACCAGUUAUUGCCAGUAACCUUGUCAACACAUAAUAUACUCAAACUGGCCAGAAUUUAGUGCUAUAUGAAAUAGCUAUUCUAGUCUGUUUAUAGUUAGUCACUGUUUUAUAUAUUGUACAUAUGAAUUUACCUUUCUAAAUAUCUCGUUCUUUCUUUCUAUUCUUUUAAAAGCACAGACUUUGACCUAAUCACUAUUUAUAGAUAAAAAUUUCACUUUUUGAUAGAAAGAUCUUCCAUCUAAAUUGUAUUGGUGUGACAUUAAACCCAACAAAAAACAAAAUAUUGAUUAAGAAGGGCAAAUAUUCAAGUUGUCGUAACUAUGUGGUAAGCAUUCAGCUGAAAUACAACAAUGAACAAGCUUGAAGAAACUGUGAAGUUCCAAUUUGAAAGCUAAAACCCAAAUUUCAUUGUUCAUUUAAAAUGAUGAUUAAUAUGGACCCUGAUCUUAAUAUCAAAUUAGAGUCUUUUAACAUUACUUUAAAAGACAAUUUAUAGGAAUUGUAGUCUGUGCUUAUUUCAUCUUUCAGUCUUUAUUCUUUCUGUUUUUCUGCUUCCAAAGUUUGUACAUUUUGCAUUAGAAUAUUGUGCAAUGUAUUUUCAUGAUCUUAUUUUUUUUUUGUCUUUGUAGUUCAUUUUAAUUGUUUGUCAUGUGUUAAAGAAUUGGAGCUUCAUUCAUAGACAAAAGAUAUGCAUAGAGCUUAUUUUUGUAACUGUUAUUUUAUG